AUGGAACAACGUGAAAUAGAUUUUGAUAAAAUCAAUGAUUAUGCUGAAGCAUUUCGUGGUGCUGAUGUACAUUUUUGUUGUCUUGGUACUACGAGAGGUAAAGCUGGAGUAGAAGGUUUUCGUCGAGUUGAUUUUGAUUAUGUUGUUGGUGUAGCUCGUCUUGCUAAACAAGAAGGUUGUAAACAUUUUCAUCUUGUAUCAAGUCAAGGUACAAAUGAAAAUUCAUUUUUUCUUUAUCCUCAAGUGAAAGAUCAAGCAGAAGCAGCUUUAACUAAAAUGUCAUUUGAACGUUUAUCAAUUUAUCGACCAGCAGUGUUAAUGGUUGAUCGUGUUGAAAGUAGACCAUUAGAAAAUUUACUACGAACAAUCCUUAGUUAUACAGUUCAACGUAUAGCACCCGAAUGGGUAACAACACCAAUUGAUGUUCUAGCACGUGCAAUGUGCUUUAAUUCAUUUACUAAAGAUCGAGUUGGUGUUGAAAUUCUUGAUAAUCAUGCAAUAUUUCGUCUUUCUGAACAACAAUCAAGUUCUCAAAAUGAACAAUCAAAAGCUACAAAUGAACUUUAA